UCUGUGUCCUUUAAAAGACUUCGCUUGCGCAGCGCAAUUUCGUUCAUGUUAAACCAACUCCUCCCUUCCCUCUUCUCCUGUAUAAAACCCUAGGGGUCUCUCCCCAAAUUUCAAUUAGAUCUUUACCCUUUCAACGCUCUACUUCACAGUUCUGAUUUCUCAAAAUGGGAGGUGGUUUUAGAGUGUUACAUCUAGUCAGGCCCUUUCUUUCCUUUCUACCCGAAGUCCAAAGUGCAGACAGGAAAGUUCCCUUCAGAGAAAAGGUCAUAUACACAGUGAUCUCCCUUUUCAUCUUUCUAGUCUGCAGUCAGCUUCCUCUAUAUGGCAUACACUCCACAACUGGUGCAGACCCUUUCUACUGGAUGCGUGUUAUCUUAGCCUCAAACCGUGGAACUGUCAUGGAGCUUGGAAUCACUCCCAUUGUCACCUCUGGACUAGUUAUGCAGUUAUUAGCAGGAUCCAAAAUCAUUGAAGUUGACAACAAUGUCCGUGAGGAUCGUGCACUACUCAAUGGUGCACAGAAGUUGUUGGGAAUCUUGAUUGCUGUUGGUGAGGCUGUUGCCUAUGUUCUAUCAGGAAUGUAUGGAAGUGUUGGUCAACUUGGUGUUGGAAAUGCCAUUCUCAUAAUCGUUCAGUUAUGUUUUGCUGGGAUUAUUGUGAUCUGUUUGGAUGAACUUCUACAAAAGGGAUACGGUUUAGGGUCUGGGAUUUCAUUGUUCAUAGCUACCAAUAUCUGUGAAAGCAUUAUCUGGAAAGCAUUCAGCCCUACAACCAUUAACAGUGGACGUGGUGCUGAAUUUGAAGGAGCAGUGAUUGCAUUGUUUCAUCUUCUAAUCACUAGAUCUGAUAAAGUUCGAGCCUUACGUGAAGCUUUUUAUAGGCAAAAUCUGCCUAAUGUGACUAAUCUGCUUGCAACUGUGUUGAUUUUCUUGAUUGUUAUAUACUUUCAAGGGUUUCGUGUUGUUUUGCCUGUGAGAUCUAAGAAUGCUCGUGGGCAACAAGGGUCUUACCCCAUUAAGCUGUUUUACACUUCCAACAUGCCUAUUAUUCUCCAGUCUGCACUUGUUUCCAACCUUUAUUUCAUCUCUCAGUUGUUGCACAGAAAGUACAGUGGGAACUUUUUGGUUAAUUUGUUGGGAAAAUGGAAGGAGUCUGAAUACUCUGGUCAAUCUGUCCCUGUUGGUGGUCUUGCUUACUAUGUUACUGCACCUUCAAGCUUGGCUGACAUGGCAGCAAAUCCCUUCCAUGCUCUUUUCUACCUGGUGUUCAUGCUAACAGCCUGUGCUCUCUUCUCAAAGACCUGGAUCGAAGUUUCUGGAUCUUCUGCAAGAGAUGUCGCCAAACAACUCAAGGAACAACAAAUGGUGAUGCCGGGACAUCGGGACUCGAAUCUUCAGAAGGAGCUGAACCGGUACAUCCCAACAGCAGCUGCGUUUGGGGGAAUGUGUAUUGGGGCUUUGACUGUUUUGGCAGAUUUCAUGGGAGCCAUUGGAUCUGAGAGAACCACUUUUACCAAACCUACUUUGGUUUGUAGGGAGGGACUUGCAGUUUGA